AUGUACCUAAUCCCGGUGAUAGUGCUGUGGUCGGCGUCGCGGUGCGUCGAAACCGCCGAACUGCACGCGAAAUUCACCUACAACUCCUCGGAUUUGUCCUAUCUGUCCAACGGGAUACAGUUCCCGGCGAACGAGGGGGACGUGGACGCGCCCGCCGGGGACAACAGCUCCGAGAACGGGUCGCAGUUCCAGUGGUUUUCCCGGCUCUACGACCACCACAAGUGGCGGAAUCGGCUCGACGGGCUGGACAACCCUUUGUGCAAAAGUGACAUGAUGGUGUAUCUGAGGGAGCUCGCCAACGACACCACUUGGGCCGUUAAGAUGUACGAUGCAUCAGGAAGAUACUCCGGUCAAUUCUUCUUCGGCAACGAUUACUGGUUAGGCUCGAAAAGCCUCUGCAAAGAAUUAACCCUUGCAGAAUACAAUACUGAUGUACCACCCUUUCCUGUCCAAUUUUACGUUGCCAAAGUUAGAAUAAACCUCGACAGAAAAUCCACCCCUGUGACGAGGCAGCUGAACGUGGGGGAAUGCCUGCCGAAGUCCUGCGGCACGUCGGGAGUGCGAUCGCUCCUCGUGCGGGAGCGCAACCGGGCGACAUCUGUGAGCAUAGCGGGCGUGAGAAAAGUUCCCGGCGAUUAUUCGUUGCUCGGCGAUCGGCAUUUCCAUCUUGUCGGCGGCUGCACGAUCGUACUGCUCGGAUUAAUUCUAAUCUCCACUGUCGUGGAUUAUUUCAAACCUCGAAUAAGGAGCGCUGAUGGGGAUUGCAGGCGCUUACAGAACAACAACGGCGUUAAAUUCAUCAGCACUAUUGGCCAACCGAAUGGAAAUUCUGUUAUUCCCGAUGAAAAGAAAAAAGCUGAUAAUGGUGGUUUGUUCCUCAAGCUGCUAUUAUGCUUCUCUGCUAUCAAUAACGGCAAGAAGAUCCUGUCCAUGGACGUGGCGUUGGAGUCUAUUAAAUGCGUGCACGGUUUGCGGUUCUUCUCCAUAGCGUGGAUCAUCCUGGUGCACAGCUAUUUGGAGCUCUUCGCCGUGGCCGAUAACAAAAACGUGAGAAUAGUAACGGAAAGGGGAUUCCUCUAUCAAACCAUAUCGAACGCCACCUUUUCGGUGGACACGUUUUUCUUCAUAAGCGGCCUACUGGUAACAGUCUCCUACUUCAGAUCGGAAUCGAAGAAAGACAAACCUCCGGCAACCGAACCGUUCCUCGUGGCUACCAAACGUCACGUCGGCUCCUUCUUCAUGAUGAUUUCGUACAGAUUCUUCCGGCUCACUCCCGCCUAUCUGUUCGUCCUGGCCGUGAACGAGAUCAUCAUGCGGUACCUCCAUUCGAACUCGGUCUUCUCGCCCGCCAUCAUCGACCACAUCAGCUGCGACCAGUACUGGUGGCGGAACGUCCUCUACGUGAACAACUUCUUCCCGCAGCAGGAGUUCUGCAUGCUGUGGUCGUGGUACAUGGCCAACGAUACGCAAUUUUACGUUAUAGCCACGGCGAUGCUGUUGAUUGGUGCUAGGAGUGCCAGGCAUGCGAAGUUCGUCGGUUUGAUAAUAGCGCUGUUGAUGGGCGCCUCGUGGGUGACGACGUUCGUCGUGGCGAUGAAAUGGGAGUACGUGGCUCGCGUGGAGGAGCCCUUCGCUCUGUUCGAUCAAUUGUACGAUAAACCUUGGUUGAGGAUAGGGCCGUAUUUGGUUGGAAUAUGCGCCGGGUAUUUCCUGUUCAAAAUGGACUCGAAGAUUAAGAUGUCGAGAGGAACGAACGCUUUGGGUUGGUUCCUGGCUUUAGGUUGUUUGAGUGUGUUGGUGUACGGAUUGGGCAGGAACGGUUUAACCGUACCCACAUCUGCAUUUUAUGCGGCUUUUGGGCAUUCCGCUUGGGGUUUGGCCAUCGCUUGGAUAACGGUGGCGUGUUGUAGUGGACACGGGGGUCCUCUGAACGCGUUUCUAAGUUCGAAAUUAUUCCUGCCUUUGAGCCGAUUGACGUAUUGCGCUUACCUGGUGCAUCCCGUGCUGAUGUGCCUGAUUAGUUUCCAUUUGGACGGGUCGUUUCAUUUGCAUCAGUCGAUGGCGAUUGUAGUGUACUUUGGAAAUUUGGUGUUGUCGUUUCUGACGGCGUUCGUUAUAUCGUUGGCGUUCGAAGCGCCUGUUGUUAAUUUGCUCAAGAUUAUCUUUACUUAAAUAAAUUAUCAGUGGAUUAGUGAUACGUUUUUGAAUUGUAAAUAAUUGUUAAAUUAAUAAAA